CCCGGUUUCUCUAACGAAACUCCCGUGAGCGCUGGAGCGAAGCAGUUCUCCCUGCUGCUGCCGCUGCUGCGAUCCCCAAACUGCCCAUAGUCCCGAAAGAGAGCCCGGCUUGGACUUUGUGUCUUUUUAACUUUAUUUUUUUUUCCUUUUUCCUCAAUAAGAGCAGAAAGUGCAGCGGAGGGAUUUGAGACUGGAAGUCGCCGUGCCGGGGGAUGAGCUCGCAGGCCUGGAGCUCCCGGUGUUUGGAAUUACGGCCCUGACAACAGAGUGAUCACCCUUGGGACUGAACCAGAGCUGUUGGACACCACUGAGGCCAUUGGACACUUCUUUUCAGGGCUCACAGCAGCUUACUGGUAGUAGCAGUGGGAUCUCAGCUCCCAGGAAUGAGAAACCUCCAUCCCUGAAGACCCCAGCCCUGGGUUUCAUGUUGCUCUGAGCCUCUGCCCUCACCCUGGCUGGCCCUGCCCGCAAUGGCUCUGUGUCUCAAGCAAGUCUUCAACAAAGACAAAACGUUCCGUCCCCGAAAGAAGUUUGAGCCGGGCACGCAACGCUUUGAGCUGUACAAGAAAGCCCAGGCCUCCCUCAAGUCUGGACUGGACCUGAAGGCAGUGGUGCAGCUGCCUCCUGGCGAGAGCAUCAAUGACUGGAUCGCCGUGCACGUGGUGGACUUCUUCAACCGCAUCAACCUCAUCUAUGGCACCAUGUCGGAAUACUGCACGGAGAGGAGCUGCCCCAUCAUGUCCGGGGGGCUCAAGUACGAGUACAGGUGGCAGGAUGACAGCAAGUACAAGAAGCCGACCAAGCUGUCGGCCCCGCAGUACAUGUGCAUGCUGAUGGACUGGAUUGAGAUGCUCAUUAACAACGAGGACAUCUUCCCCACCAGGAUAGGUGUUCCCUUCCCCAAGCAGUUCCAGCAAGUUUGCACCAAGAUCCUCACCCGCCUCUUCCGUGUCUUUGUCCAUGUCUACAUCCACCACUUUGACAGCAUCAUCAACAUGGGUGCUGAGGCUCACGUCAACACCUGCUACAAGCACUUUUACUAUUUCAUCAGGGAGUUCAGCCUCAUUGACCACAGGGAGCUGGAGCCUUUGAAAGAAAUGACAGAACGAAUUUGCCACUGAAGGCUUCUGGCAGACGAACUCAGCUGGCUCACUCAGAGUCUGGUGGGACAAGACACCCCAUGGUGGGAGAUCUCUUCCCUAGGACUUGCUCUGGGCAUUCCAGCUCACUGACCUAUGAACACUGCAGAGGAGCCUCUUCAGGCCAGGGCUGAAUCCUAAGUUUUCCAAGAACCUCUGGACAGAUUUUUCUUCUUUUAAUAGAUCCCAAUCUCUGUUGUAUGGUUCCUGUUUUAGAAAGCCACUGACUUACUGGAGAAGGAGGCAAGUCUGGUUUACUUUUGCACACUGAUUUUAAGACUCAAUCCUAUGUCUGACAUCAAAUUUUCAGUGACCUUCCCUCUUGUUUGUCCUCUGCUAUAUUAUCUCCAAAUAUUUCCUUAGCAAUUCCUGCCCUGUGAGCAGGUGUGUCCUUGGCUACCAGGUAAUGCCUGUUACCUUUCCCACAGGCAGUGGGUUUGUGGUAAUACCUGAGAUCAGCCCUGCAAAGCUGGUGGCAUUUCAUCCCACUGCCUUCACAUGGUUAGUUGUUGAUGUGCUGUUUUUAACCAUGAGCUAUGAAUGUCUCUUUCUGCCCUAAUUCAUGGUUUACCAAAGGGACCAUUUUUUCCUUCAAGGGAUUUUUCACAUUUGGAAGAGGGGACUUGAUGAUGUUCUAAGAUGCAUCCAAUAUUUCUUGGGCUAAUGACAAGUGGCCCCAUGACUGAGGAGGUGAACUAGGCCACUGUUCAGUGUGAUCAGCACAGUCUACCUGAGAAAGUUUCAAAAACUGGUGAAAAGAAAGUGUUGCCAGAAAACAACAUUUUCAACAUGUCAGCAUUUCCUGAUGUGUUGUCUUGGCUAAAGAUGGGCAAAUGCUGGUUGUAGAAACUGUUGGUUUUCCAUUACCCAACCUUACAGCAGGUGAAGAAGGACUCAUAAGAGACAACUCCUCUACUCUGUUCUCGAGAUCCCCUUCAAACUCAGUAUCAUCCUGUGAUUCUUAAACCUUUUUGACCAUCUGCAAGCAUAAUAUUGUUACUUGAUUUGUGCCAUUACUCCCCUGAAAGGUAUCAUGUCUCAAAACUUCCUCCCCUUCUGCUUGCAGUGCCUGAUAAUUUGUGUUUCCUGUGCCAUUUUAAUUUUGACAAAAAUAUUUUUAUUUUUCCAUCUUUAUUGUUUUGGGGGAGUGAAAAUCAAUUUGUCUGAGCCACAGAAUUGUUAUGUUUGUGUUUCCUGCUCUUUUUCUGGGAAAGUUUUCUAUAUCUGACACAGAUAAUCUUUAUAGUCUGGGGUUUGCCCAUUUUUGGGGUAGGUAGGGGAUGUGGCUAGAAAAUGUAAAUGUUUAGGCCAACAUUAAAGUGCACAAGUGAAUUUUUAGUGCUCAAAGCACUUAUCUUGUUGUGAAAAUCUAUUUUUUUUUACAUCUUGUGUACCAGAUGUAUAUUUUUACAUGGAAAUAAAACAGAGCAAAAUGGACACAAAACCACCUGAUACAUCAUUCCAAUAUUAUCUGUGUAAAAUAAUCAGUCAAAGUCCAAAUAUUUGUUCUGUUGCUAAUUAAAAAAAUGU